AUGAAAGUCUUCUGCUUGUUGGCAUUUGUUGCCGUUGCAUCCGCCACUCUUCAGGGAGGAUACUCUGGCUUAAACUCAGGACUCGGUUAUAACGCCGGAGCCAACUUUGGUUCUGGACUCGGUUCUGGACUCGGUUUUGGCUCUGGACUUGGCUACAGCGCUGGAAGCAGCCUUGGUGCUACUGCAGCUACUCUCGGCGCUACUGCAGCUACCAUCGGUGCCACUGCAGCUCCACUUGGUGUUACUGCAGCCCCACUUGGUAUUGCUGGAGCUAACUAUGGUUCAGGACUUGGAUACAGUGCUGGACUUGGUUACUCCGGUCAAGGAUACACCGGACAAAGUUUCGCUGCUGCCCCAGCUAUCACAAAAUCUUUAACUUCAUUCAGUGGUCUUGGUGCUGGUAUCGGAGCUGGAUUGGGAGCCAUUCAAGGAUCAGGUUACAGUGCCGGUUUAGCUGCCACCCCUGCCACAUACAGUGCUGGUUUGGGAGCCAUUCAAGGAUCAGGUUACAGCGCCGGCUUAGCAGCCACCCCUGCCACAUACAGUGCUGGUUUGGGAGCCAUUCAAGGAUCAGGUUACAGUGCCGGUUUAGCAGCCACCCCUUCCACAUAUAGUGCAGGUUUGGGAGCCAUUCAAGGAUCAGGUUAUAGUGCCGGUUUAGCAUCCACCCCUUCCACAUACAGUGCUGGUUUGGGAGCCAUUCAAGGAGCAGGUUUCAAUGCCGGUUUAGCCGCUACCCCUUCAACUUACAGUGCUGGUUUGGGAUCCAUUCACGGAUCAGGAUACGGUUCCAGUUUAGCCGCCACCCCUUCAACUUACAGUGCCGGUUUGGGAGUUAGUUCUGCAACUGGUUACAGUGCCGGAUAUGGAGCCAACUAUGGAUCUGGUUUCGGUGCUCAUUACGGAUCCGGCUUGGGAUCUGGAUAUAACUACAAAUCCUCAGCUGCCUAUAACGGAUACGGAAGUGGAAUCAACAGCGCCUGGAAGAAAUAA